AUGGCACCGAAACAAGUCGUCUUCUCGGAGAAAGGUCUCAAGUCACCCCUGCUUUCUCAAGCAAUUAUUCACAAUGGAACCGUCUACGUGAGUGGACAUAUCGGUCUUGAUACCGCUACGAAUCAAGUGGUCGAGGGAUCCGUCGCCGAUCGCACCAGAAAAGCACUUGAAAAUAUCAAAAUAGUGCUCGAGGAAGCCGGAAGCAGCCUUGAAAAGAUUCUGAAGAUGAACAUCUACAUUACGAGCAUGCAAGACUAUGCUGCCAUGAACCAGGCCUGUGCGUCUCACCCGUUUGCGGAUCUCCCACAUUCCACUCCGCUGACCCAGAAACAGUCCUCGAGAUCAUUCCAGAACCAAGACCUGCACGGACCUGCGUCGCUGUUGCAGAGCUACCAUUCAAGACAGAUGUAA